AUGAGUAUCACCACUACUAGAAGAAGAAAUCAAGAUAGUGUCUGCUGCAAGGCAACGACAGCAUCCAUUAAGGUGGAAGCUGUCUCGGACAAGACAGCUUUUGGAAAGCAAAAAAUGUUACACAAUUUCGAUGAAUUGCCAGAAUGGCAAAAAGACAACGAUAAGAUUCUCACCGGGUACGUUCGAGAGACGCUGUCAUGGAAAAAGUGCCUGCACUCUCUAUUUUAUUGGAACAACGAGACCGUGAACAUUUAUACACAUUUGGUACCGGCUAUCAUAUACUUCGUGUUUGCCAUUACGUUGACCAACUACUUCCUAAUCCCCGUUUUCCCCUCCACCUCCUGGUCCGAUUACACCGUUAUCAACAUUUUCUUGAUGGGCGCUUUCUCAUGUCUCAUGUGCAGUAGUUGUUUCCACUGCAUGAAACAACACUCUGAAGAGCAAAGCAACUUCUGGAGCAAGCUCGACUACUUGGGAAUCAUCAGUUUGAUUUCCUGUUCUAUGAUUCCUAUAAUAUACUUCGGUUAUUUUGACCACAUAUCGUACUUCAGUCUGUUCACGAUUGUUACCCUAGUCCUGGCUACAUUUUGUACGAUCUGUGUCCUGCACGACAAGUUUAAUACUUCUACCUUUCGUCCAUUUAGAGCUAUGUUUUUCAUAUUAUUUGGAUUUAGUGGCCUGCUCCCAUUGACUACGGGGUUUUUCAAGUUUGGUAUCCAAGGAGUUCUUAACAGGAUAAAAGUGAGCUUUGUGUUUUGGGAAGCCCUCUUUUACAUUUCAGGAGCUGUUAUCUACGGGUUUAGGAUUCCUGAAACUUUGGCUCCAGGGAAGUUCGAUUUCUUCGGUAGCUCUCAUCAAAUAUUUCAUAUUAUGGUGGUUCUUGGCUCCGUAUGCCACUUGAAAGCCAUUAUCGAUUCUUACAAAUUAAUGCAUUCCCACAUCCACCCUUGA